CUCCCGCCGCCGGUGGGCGGGAGCGCCGGGCUGGGCCAGGCCGGGCGGGCCCGGCGCCGGGGCCAUGGCGCUGCCCGUGCUGUCCAGCUCGGCCGUGAAGUUCCGCCGGGUCCUGGCGCACUUCCCGCAGGAGCUCAGCCUGGCCUUCGCCUACGGCUCCGGGGUGUUCCGGCAGGCGGGGGCCUCGGCCGAGCACGGCGAGACAAAUAUGCUGGACUUCGUGUUUGCUGUAGAUGAUGUUGUGACCUGGCAUAUGAUGAACUUGCUAAAGAACAGGAGUCAUUAUUCCUUCCUUAAAUUUUUUGGGCCCAAAAAGAUAAGUACCAUACAGAGAUACGGAGCAGGAAUUUACUACAACACCUUAGUGCCAUGCAAUGGCAGGAUGAUAAAAUAUGGAGUAAUUAGCACUGAUGCCCUGAUUGAGGAUUUGUUUCACUGGAAAACUCUCUAUGUGGCUGGGCGCCUACAAAAGCCGGUGAAAAUCCUGGCCCAGAAUGAGAACAGCAGGCUGCAAGCUGCUCUUGUCAGCAACCUGAAGAGUGCAGUGACAGCAGCCUUCCUCAUGUUGCCAGAGAGCUUCUCUGAAGAGGAGCUGUACCUGCAGAUUGCUGGACUCUCCUACGCUGGUGAUUUCAGAAUGAUAAUAGGAGAAGACAAAUCCAAAGUGCAGAACAUAGUGAAGCCCAACGUGGCCCAUUUCCAGAAGCUGUACAGUACCAUACUCCAGGACUGCCCUCAAGUGGUGUACAAGCACCAUCUGGGAAGGCUCGAGAUUGAUAAAAGUCCAGAAGGUCAGUUUACACAACUUAUGGCUUUGCCAAAGACUCUGCAACAAAAGAUAACUGCUCUGGUAAACCCUCCUGGAAAGAACAGAGACGUGGAAGAAAUUUUACUGCAAGUUGCCCAUGACCCUGACUGUGGAUUUCUGGUGCAUCAAGGCAUCUCAGGAAUUGUGAGAUCCUCCAGUAUAGUGCAGAGUGCUAAAACCAUCCUGACAGCUGGGGCAAAGAAAUCUGUGACUUACAGUUUGAAGAAAUUAUAUAAGAUGACAAAGGGAGGGUUAAAGAAGCCAUCCUGAGUCUGUACAUACUGUGUAUGGGUAAAUAAAUGGUACUUUUUCUCUAAAUGUUUUGCAGAUGUGACUUUGCAUACUUGAGAAGAUUACAGUGUAUUUAAGAAGUCUGUUCUGAUGAUUUACAUGCCCAAUUUUCUUAAUGAAAUAGGAACUUUUUUACCGGGAGGUUUGUUGGCAAUAGGGCAAAGGAAUUAUACUCUGUAAAUACUGAAAUGAAUUUUCCUGUGUAUUGUGAAGAACCCUAAGUAAAAAAGAUUGAUUGUGCAGAUGGAUUAAAACCCAAA